AUGGCGCUCGACCCAGAUGGUGACUCCGAGAUGGCCUCGUCCGUUGGCUCAGUCUCUGAUAUCGCUGGCAAUGGCGCGCGUACCCCUACUCACAACCAGCAAGCUUCGUCCGCAGCCGCAGCCGCGUCGGAGCUCUCCCCGCCCGGCUCGCAACCACAUGUCUCCAGUAUCGCGACAAUGAACAACCUAAGGAGCGCCGAAAUUCCAACCGGGAGUGGACCUUCUAAGGCGACAGAACAAUUCCCUGCGUGGAAGGGCAAACGUGCGCAGGAAGAGUAUCAGAGGGCAAUGGAUCAUGUGAUCGACAAAGACUUUAACCUGAAUGAAUUCGGUGAUCCGUUUGAUGAGCGUGAUAUGAAAGAGCCGCUGCUGUGA